UGCUGCAGAGUAAACAUCUCCUCCCUGUUUCAAACAGGGAGAAGAGGAGCAGCCAUGACUGUGAGAGCAGCAGUGACUGGAUUGGCUAUCUUGUUUCUGUCUGUACCAGUGGUCCAGAGUCAGAAAGGCUGGGGAGUGACUUAUUCACAAACUGAAGUCUGUGCCUUGGAAGGAUCAACAGUGGAACUAAGCUGCACCUACACAUAUCCAAGUUCUGACUAUUAUACAGUUACUGAAUCAUUCUGGUUUACUAAAAUACAGAAUAAUGAACAUGUUGAUGUGAGAACAGACUCACAGUUCACAGGACGUGUGAUGUACAGUCGUGGAUGGAAACGCUGCACUCUGAGAAUCACUAACGUAGAGAAGAGCGACUCAGCUAUGUACAAGUUCAGGUUCAUAAGAGACAAAGAUGGUGGCGGAUUUACAGGAAACCCUGGAGUCGUUUUGUCUGUUCAAGAUCCAGAUCUUCAGGUGCAGAGAAUUGAUUCACAGUCUUCCAAGUUAGAACUGGAAUGUCUCAGCAGUUGUCUUUUACCUCAUCACGUCACCUAUGUCUGGUACAUAAAUGGACACAAAAUCUCUGCAGAAGAAUCUUCUUAUACAGCCGAUUUUUUUAAUGCAGACAGCUACUCCUGUGCUUUGAAAGACUAUGAGGAUUUCCCCUCUCCUCUGUACUGUUACUAUGAUUCUCUGUGUAACAAAGUGAUAUACACUCUCAGAACCAUCUGUGCCUCCAGAGGCUCAUCAGUGGACAUCUCUUGCUCUUACAUAAGUUUUGAAAGCAUCAGGUCAAAAUUCUGGUUCAGAUCUGAUCAAAGUCAGUCUAGGCGAUAUUACCUACAACCUGAAGACCUCAGAGGAGAUUCCCAGUAUGCAAAUCGUGUUCAGAUCACUGACUCUAGGAGAGGAGACGCUAGCACCCUGAGAAUCUCUGACCUGAGAGAGAGCGAUUCAGCCGUCUAUCGUUUCACAUUUACAGCAGGAAGCUCUGAAUGGGGGAACAGUUUACAUGGUACAACUCUGACUGUAACAGCUUUACAGGUGCAGGUGACGAAGAUAACCACCAACCAGUUCUACACAGUGGCAGAGCUGAGAUGUCACAGCAGCUGCAGUGAAGCGGCUCGAUUUUCAUACGUCUGGUUCAAGAACAGACAGGCAGUCACCUGGGAGAGUACGUCUACUACUAAAAUCAGAUAUGACCUUGAAGAUGAGAUCUCCUGUGCUUUACGAGGACAUGAGAGAUUUCCCUCUCCAUCAGUGUAUGCUCCCAAAGUUUCCUCUGCAGUUUUGAACCCCCCUGGUGAGAUGGUGGAGAACUCAUCUGUGACACUGACCUGCAGCACUGAUGCUAACCCAUCCGCUAAUAUCACCUGGUUCAAGAAGAACGAACGCCAAGACUUUGAACCUUUCAGCAGUGAACAACAGCUCAUCUUCAGCGCCAUCCAGUCCUCGGAUGCAGGAGAGUAUAGGUGUACAGCAGAGAACAGUCUGGGGCAGAGAACAUCUGCACACACCAUUAUUGAUGUCAAAUAUGCUCCAAAGUUUCCCUCAGUGUCAGUGAGUCCCUCUGCUAAAAUCAUGGAGGGCAGUUCAGUGACUCUGACCUGUAGCAGUGAUGCUAACCCAGCAGCUAAUUACACCUGGUACAAGGAGAACCAAACAGCACCUCAGGGGCGACAAGGCCUUCAUCAUUUCAGCACCAUCAGCCCUGAGGACAGAGGGACAUACUACUGCAGAUCUGAGAAUCAGUAUGGACGGAUCAACUCCUCUCCUGUAUUCAUAGAUGUCCAGUAUGCUCCAAAGCUUCCCUCAGUGUCAGUGAGUCCUGUGGAUGAGAUCAUGGAGGGCAGUUCAGUGACUCUGACCUGUAGCAGUGAUGCUAACCCAGCAGCUAGUUACACCUGGUACAAGGAGAACCAAACAUUACCUCAGGGACAAAAAGGCACUUAUUCUUUCACCACUAUCCGGUCCAAGGACAGUGGGAUGUACUCCUGCAAGUCUGAGAACAAGUAUGGUCACAAGACCUCCAAAGGAUUCUGUAUCGAUGUUCAGUACGCCCCACGACUUCCUUCAGUGUCUCUGAGUCCCUCUGCUGUCAUAGUAGAGGGAACUUCCCUAAAUCUGACCUGUAGCAGUGAUGCUAACCCUGCAGCUAAUUACACCUGGUACAAGGAGAACCAAACAGCACCUCAGGGGCGACAAGGCCUUCAUCAUCUCAGCACCAUCAGCCCUGAGGACAGAGGGACAUACUACUGCAGAUCUGAGAAUCAGUAUGGACGGAUCAACUCCUCUCCUGUAUUCAUAGAUGUCCAGUAUGCUCCAAAGCUUCCCUCAGUGUCAGUGAGUCCUGUGGAUGAGAUCAUGGAGGGCAGUUCAGUGACUCUGACCUGUAGCAGUGAUGCUAACCCAGCAGCUAAUUACACCUGGUACAAGGAGAGUGAAGACUCAUCUCUAGCUUCAGGACCGAUCUUCAUCAUCGAUGACAUUAGAUCUGAAAAUGGUGGGAAUUAUUACUGUGAAGCUUACAACACAAGAGGGCGCCAUAACUCCACCUUCACUCUGACUGUUGUGGCAGGUAGCUCAGCAUUCAUAGCAAAUAUCUCCAGGGUAACUCUGGGACUCUUGAUGAUGAUUCUUCUUCUCCCUCUGAUUCUGUGGAGGAGUUACCCCAAGAAGAAGGAAACUCUGAGGGCUGAACCAGAUGGACCUGAAGAAGCAAUGGAGUUAAACUCUGACCCUGCAUAUGAGAACAUCUCAGAUAUGGCUGCAGCACAGAGAGAAGACAGAGAGGAGCAGGAAGACGCUGUAUGAAGUCCCUUCAGUUGAUUCUAAGGACUUCCUGUGGAGAGCGAGUCUGUGGAGGAUCUUGGAGGAGUGGGGACAGUAAAAUACUUAGAAUGAACAUGAAACAAAAGAUGAACAUCAGCAUGAAAACAGAUGAAGAAAAAAACCCUGAUUAAAUGAUUGAACCCCUGAACAGAAUCCCUCACAGCAGCUCAAAUAUGCAAAACCAGUGUUGUUUCAAGAACACCUGAAGCAGCUAAUCAAGGGCUUCACUAGCUGCAACAGGUCUGCUUGAGCUGGAACAUGAAAUACUUGAACUGUGAGGGAUCUGUUGAGUAUCACACUUGACUAGAAAUAUGUUUAAAUGAAGAGAAUGGUCCAAAAAGUUAAGAGAAGAGAUCACUGGCCUUCACAAACAAGGACAAAAAAAAAUCACAAAGGCCCUGAAUGUUCUAGAGACACUGUUGGAAGCAGAGUUCACCAGUUCAAAGUUACAGGAACUGUGGUUCCACUACCUGGACGGAGCAGAAAAAAGAAGCUAUCACCGGCUGAAACCAUGGAGUUAGUGCAAAAGACCUCCUGGUGGCAACAGGGACAGUAAGACAAGUACUGAACAUAGACCGUUUCCAUGCCAGAGCUCCUAGACGUGCACCACUACUGACCCAGAACCCAAGAAUAGUCAGCUCCAGUCUGCUCAAAAUCAUGGAACUAAGCCACAGAGGUUUUAGGAUUCUGUUCUGUGAAGUGAUGAAACAAAACUGGAACUUUUUGGCACAUUGGAUCAGCGGUAUGUCUGGAGGAAGAAGAAUGAAGCAUUGAUGGAAAGAACACUGUGCCCACAGUUAAGCAUGGCGGUGGCUCGGUGAUGCUCUAAAUCUUUGCAUCCUCUGGCACUGGAAACCUGCAGCGUGUGGAAGACCAGGUGGAAUUGUUGAGAGUAUCGACAUUGACUUUCCUGAAGCUGAAAGAACAGCAUCAUGGCUUAAUGCUGCUUUAUUGAGGCUUGUUAAUCAUUUAUCCUAAAGUGAUAUAACAGAGUAUGACAUGUCUUAAAUCUGCCCUAGCAACAGGUGGGGUUAUUUUUGUAUGUGGUUUUAAGUUUCUUUUUCUCUCUCUAUUGUUCUGUGGCAGUGGAAGUGUGCAAAGAUUAUCCACUUUAUAAAAAAAAAAAAUAAUAAUAAUAAUAAAAACAUAAUGGAGACAAGUCAAGGUGAAACCACAAGAGACCUUUUGGUGAACUUCUAAGCACGGCAAGGGGGUUUUAGCUUUGGGUGAACUUCUUUUACCUCGACAGGUGACCUUCUGGAUGAACUUUGAGUUCCUAUAAACUUCUAAACCUUCUAAAUUCUAAACUUAGAUUCAGCGGGUUUUCCUCUGAAGUCUGGUUUCUAAGAUUACUUUUCUUGGAAGUCACAGUACGGGUGGAAACCUAACGUACCUAAUCAAAAGACCUCAAAUUUCCUGUCAGGGCUCUCGCACAGAGUCCAACCAUAGGUCCAAAAGCUAUCUUUUGUGGUUUCAACUCGUGAGUUUGUAACCAUUUUGAAUUUUUGGUACCGAUAUUCUCAUGUUGAACCAGUAUGUUUUGU